GCCGCCGUGAAGAGCUUGCGCGGUCGCCUAGCAGCAGGUUAAACCCACCAGCUCUCCACCAACAUGGCUCCCAUUCUGGAUUGGGAAAAAUUAAUGAAAGUUGAUCCGGAUUCUUUACCGAGUCGAGAGAAACUAGCGGAUAAGUUAUUGGACUCAAUAUCCAAGGUUGAAGGAAAUGAAUUGACAGCAGAAGAGCCUAAGAAGCUGCUUCAACUUUUCUGCAUCACUCAAUCCUUAAUGAAGAUGAAAGCUCAAGAGGUUGAGUUGGCUUUAGAGGAGGUUGAAAAGGCUGGAGAAGAACAAGCUAAAACAGAAAGUCAGCUGAAAGCAAAAGUUCUUAAGCUUGAAAAUGAACUGGAGAUGGCUCAAGUGAAUGCUGGAGGGCGUGAUACCAGAUUCUUGCGAGAAGAACUUCACCAAUUGGAAAACCAGCUCCAGUUUAAGGACCGGGAAGUUUCUGAAAUGGAAAAGGAGCUGAACAAGGAAAAGAAACUUGUUGAGCAAGUGGGAAUUCGGAUCAAGGAGAUAGAAAAUGAAAACAACAAGCUAAGAAGAGAGAAUGAUCAGCUACGCCAAGAUGUUGUUGAUUAUCAGAAGCAAAUUGAUUCUCAGCGUGAGACUCUUCUUAAUAGGAGGGGUGACGAAUCAGACUACAGAACCCAGCUUUCCAAGAAGAACAUGGAGCUUGCACAUUAUUUGGAUGAAAUUCAGAAUUUGUCUGAGGCCAAUGAAAAGCUGGAGACGCAGAACAAACAUAUGCAGAAUAGUCUGAAGGAGUCUGCGCAAGAGAUGGAACAGAUGACUGAUGAAUAUAACAGAAUGAAGCUGAUUGUCCAGCAAACUGAUAAGACUGUGGAUCAGUUCAAACGGGAAAAGGAUCAGCUGUUAUUUCAGGUACAAGAUCUUACUGACCGGCUCCAAGCCGCAACAGAAGAGGAGGGUCCUGUAAUGAUGGCAGUAAACACAAAAAUUGAGGAGUGGAAGAAAGUGUUGUCUGCCAAGGAUAACGAAAUCAGAGAAUAUCAGGAGAAGCUGCAAGAUCUCCGGACUAAACUAGUAUUUGCUGAGUUGGACAGUGACAAAAGCAGUGUCAUUAACCUCCAGCAGAUUCUGCAAGAGCGGGACAACCAAAUUAAGGUUCUGUUGGAGCAAAUAGAACAGUACACCAAUGAGAUGAAUACAAAUGCUCAGAUCAUCGAAGAUUUAAAAUUGCAGCUAGAGAAAGAAUCAAGUUUUCCAGCACUUAAUCAGCAAUCCAGAAUUGGGGCACUACAGGAAAAGCUAAGGGUGUCAGAGCAAACAACCCUGGAAGCAAAACGAAUUGCAGAGCUUGCAGAGAGAGAUGCCAAAGAAAAAGACAAGGAACUGGGGGAAACACUGAUUCGUCUGAGGGCGUAUGAAUCUGGUAUAUAUGGAUUGGAAAAUGCUGUUGCUGAGAUUAAGGAGUGUAAGAACAAUAUCAAAAUUCGAGAUCGUCAAAUUGAAGCAAUGACGAAAGACAUCAAUAUGCUUGAAUUGAAGAUAAAUGAUCUUUUGGAUGAAAACGAGAACAUGCGGGAACAAUUGGGCCUUGAAACAAAAGAAUUAAUUGAUUUGACUGAAUUUAAAGAGAGGAAGAGGUUGAAACAGCAGCAGUUUCAAGCCGAGAACCAGAUCCUGCUAAAAGAGAUUGAACGCCUAGAGGAAGAAAGACUAGUGUUAAAGAAGCAAAUUCGCAAGAUGGCCCAAGAUAAAAGCACGCGGGCAAGUUCUAUAGCAUUUUCAUCAGAUGAUUUGGGGUUGUUUGAUCGAUUUACUGAUGGAGAGGCAACAACUAAAGAAACAGUGUCAUUGGGUACAUCCGCCUUGGAGUUAAAGAGUAAGAAUCGUCAGAUACGCAAGGAAUUACUGAAUAGGGAAGGAGAAUACCAGAAUGCAGAAUUUGAGCUUGCCAAACUCAAAAGACAAAUGAUGCAGAAUGAAUAUAUUUCUAGAGAGCUGGAAAUAAAGGAGAAGGAAUUGGAACAAAGGAAGAUUGAAAAUGCUGAGCUGCAAGCAAAACUAAAUGAAUUGAGAGAAGAAAAUAAGCAGUUUGAGCAUGGUAUGAAAGAAAUUUUGCAAGCUGUGAAGGAUACACAAGUGGAAACAAUUCCAAAAGGAGGACAAGAAAUCCUGAGGAUGGAAAGUUUAGAACGACUAGUUUCUGCAAUUGAGGCAAAGAACACAGCAGGGAAACAUGAUGGUAACAUCCACCUGAAGGCUCAGGUGGAUCAGCUGACUGGGAGAAAUGAGGAACUUCGACAGGAACUUAAAGAGACUCGAAAAGAGGCUGGUAUAGCUGGCAAUCAGCUGUCAAAAGCCAAUGAAAGGAUUACACACCUGGAAAGUGAAUUAACUCUAUUGCGUCAAUCAGGUGGAUGCAGCGUUCAGUUCCAACCUCUCGCUUUACCAGAUGGAAUGGCAUCCUCUAGUACUGAUGUCAUCAAUGCUCUUAAUGAGUAUUUGGUGCAACUUCUGCAGGAAAUCUCAAAUAAAGAGAAAGAAGAAAAGAAACUGCGAGAAGCAGCUGAAGAUCACAAACGCAAGUUUGCAGUAAUUCGCCAUCAGCAGGGUCUGCUGUACAAAGAAUAUCAGAGCGAAAGGGAAUCCUGGCAGAAAGAUAUGGAAAGAAUUGAAGAGGAAAAGAAAAAGCUUGAGGAUUUAAAGGAACAAGAUCGUAUAAAAAUUGAGGAAUAUAAUCAACUACUGGAAACUCUUCAGAUGGAUCCUGAUGACAUCAAGAAAAAAAUAGCUGGAAUUACCAGCAAAUUAACUGUUCUGCGGGUUAAUGAAAAUUCUUUGACAAGGCGCUACAUGACGCUGCUGGAAAUGGAACAACACCUGAGGAAAGAAAAUAACAAGCUCAAGAACGAAGUAAUGGCUAUGGAAGUAGCUAUCAAUGAAAGGAUUGGAUACCUGCAGAGAUUCAAGGAAAUGGCUGGUUUUAAAAUUGCUGCUUUGCAAAAAGCUUUGGAUGACAGUGCACCCUUAGCAGAUUUGGAACGAGCUAACAAGCAAUAUAAUGAGCUCACAGCUAAGUAUAGGGAUCUGUUGCAGAAAGACAACCUUUUAGUCCAGAAAACCACUAAUCUCGAGCAUUUGGAGAGUGAAAAUGCAGUCUUACAUGAACAGAUUAAUGUCUUAAAUAAAGAGUUGGAAAUUACAAAGGAAAAGCUGCACACACUGGAGCAAGCCUGGGAACAGAUGGAUAAACUAGAUGGUACUGCUGCCAUGGAUAAAGCAUCUAAAGCAAUUACCAACUCCGAAAUUGUGUCAAUCUCCAAGAAGAUUACCAUGUUGGAAAUGAAGGAACUAAAUGAGCGGCAAAGAGCAGAACAUGCUCAGAGUAUGUAUGAGCAUAUACGGAGCACACUGAAACAAGUUGAAGAACGGAACUCAGAACUGGAAACUAAGUUCUCUGAGGUAACCAAAAUAAAUCUGGAGGCUCAGAAAGUUGAACAGGACCUGCGAGAUGAGUUGGCAAGCAGUGUGAGCAAAGCAGUGAGUGACAUGGAUCGAAGACGCAUCAUGGAGCUGGAGAAAAGUGAAUCCGAAUUAAAAAUUGAAGUGUCCAAGUUGAGAGAUGUUUCUGAUGUAGCCAAAAUGCAGGUCGCAGCUUUAGAAGCCCGCCAACAGUCUAGGGAGAAGGAGGUUGAGAGCCUCAGAAAGCAAGUGCUAGAUUACCAGGCACAGUCUGAUGAGAAAGCUCUCAUUGCAACAUUGCACCAACACAUAGUUGCGUUGCAGAUAAGUGAGACCACUGCCGUUGGGAAGCUGGAGGCCUUCGGAAGCAAACUGCAGAAGAUGGAGGCCUGUAACCUGAGGCUGACGCAGAAACUGGAUGAGCGGGAGCAGGCCCUUUACUACGCCCGAAUGGAAGGCAGAAACAAGGCCAAACACCUGCGGCAAACCAUCCAGUCCUUGCGCCGGCAGUUCAGUGGAGCCUUGCCUCUUGCACAGCAGGAGAAGUUCUCAAAAACCAUGAUACAGUUGCAGAACGAUAAACUGAAGAUCAUGCAGGAUGUUAAGCUUGCCCAAGAGAAGAGGGCAGCAGCAGAGGACAAGGCAUUGGAACUGGAACUGAAGCUGAAGGGAUUGGAGGAAUUGAUAAGAACACUAAAGGAUGCAAAGGGAGCACAAAAGGUAACAGAAUGGCACAGUAAGAUGGAAGAACUCCGUCUCCAAGACCUCAGGAUGAAUCGGUGCCUUAGUAAGCAAAAGGAAGAAAUAAAAUACUUAAAUAAUAUAAUAACUGAGCAGGAACGUACCAUCAGUGAUUUAGAGGAAGAGACGGUUCAGCAAAACAAGUUUCAUGAAGAGCGGUUGUUGGCAUGGGAUCACAGAGAGUUAGAAUUACAACGUCAGUUGGAUAUGUACGAGCAUCAAAGUAAUGAAGUACUGAAUGCAGCUCUGAAGUUUGAGGAAGCUACUGGUUCCAUCCCGGACCCCAACAAGCCACUUCCAGAGCAACUUAAUGUGGCUUUACAAAAGAUCAGAGAGCAUGUCCACACAAUUCUCGAAACCCAAGCAACUUGCAGGACUCUGGAAGAGAAACUUAAAGAGAAGGAAGCAUCACUGUGGAAGGCUGAACAGAAUGUGCUGUCCAGGGACCAAGUUAUAAAUGAGUUACGACUGCGUCUCCCUGCUACAGCUCAUCGAGAGAAGAUGUUAGCAGACUUAAGUACUAAGACAGAGCUUGAUGGAGAAAGCAGGAAGGCUCUGAAAGUGGCUCAUCAGACUAUCACGAACCUGCAGGCUAGAUUAGAUCAGAAGGAGGAAGUCCUACAAAAAUACCAACGGUUGUUGACAAGAGCUCAUCAGGACCAAGAAGAAAUUGCAAAGAAACAUGAAGAGGAUCUUAAAGCUUUGCAUCUUAAAUUGGAUUCAUAUGCAGAUGCAUCCUUAAAUAAAUUCAAAGAAGCUGCAGCGGAGCUGAUGAAGAAACCGUCCCUUCCUGUUCCGACAUCCAAGCAUCUGGUCCGCCUGGCAGAACUGGAACAGACGGUAGCCGAGCAGGACCACUCACUGACGACACUUGUGGACAAAUUGAAAGCAGCAACCACAGAGCUAGAGAAACAGAAAGAUAUUACACAGCUGAAAAUGACGGAAAGUGAGACUGAGAAAGCAAGGCUUGAAGAGAAGCAUGCUGCUGAGCUAAAGGAGCUCCAAAAUGAAGUAAAUAAACUGAGGAGCAGCAAUUUGGAGCUGGCAAAAGAGGUGCAGUACCUGCAAACUGAGCUGGAAGCCCAGAAGCAGGCGAAUACAAGAGCACCCACCACCACCAUGAAGAACUUAGUGGAGAGGCUAAAAGGUCAACUUGCCUUAAAGGAGAAACAGCAAAAGGCUCUGAGCAAAGCAUUGUUGGACCUUCGAGCUGAGAUGACUUCUCAUGCAGAACAGCAAAUUAUAUACCAGGCUGCACAAAAAGAGGGGCAGCUCAAUGUUCAGCAGAUUGUUGACAAGCAUACUAAAGAACUGAGGGCACGUGUAGAAGAGCUAACUGAGCAACUUGCAGCAACCAAAGAGAACAUGAAAUCAUGCAAAAGUAAGGAGGCAGCCACAGCGGCUGAAAUAGAUACUUUAAACGGAGAGCUUCACAAAAAGCAACGAGUUCUGAAUAGGCUGCAAACGGAAAAAGAAGAGUUGGAGAAAGAGAAUGGGGAACUGAGGAAAAAAAUUAACAGGCUGUCCAGCAGCAUGCAGAACAAGACAGAAGCUGACAAUAAACAGACCGUAAUAGAUGAACUCCAGAAAAAGAUUAAAAGACUGGAGUGCGAACUAGACAAGAAGGUGGCUUCUGAGCAAAUUGAAAGAAAAGUUUUGAAGGAAGACAAGACUUCCAGAGAGGAAAUUGUGAAGUGGGAAGAAGGCAAAAAGUGGCAGGCUCGAGUGGAAGGGGCAAAAAACAAGCUGAAAGAAAAAGAGAAGGAGGUGGAAGCUCUGACCAGACAAGUCACCACACUGAAGGAAUUGUAUGCAAAAGUUGACCAGGAAAAGGGAUGUUUACAGAGGAAACUGAAAGCUCGUGGCAUUACAGUGGACCAGGUAAUAGGUGUCAGAACCAUGGAAUGUGACAGAGAGAUCGAAGAUUUAAGGAGGAAGAACAUGGAGCUUCAAGACCAGAUGGAAAGCCUGAGGCAACAACAAGCUUUACCAAGGGAUUCGGUGGUGGAAGAUUUAACUUUGAAAAAUCGUUACUUGCAUGAAAAGAUCCAAGCUUUAGAAAGGCAGCUGUCAAUGAGCACUUCAUCCAGACCAUCAACCUCCGGAAUUGGAUCUGAUGCUUCAUCUCAAAAGGAACAGCAACUUCAGAAAGAGAACCUGAGUCUGUCUGCAGAUAAUGUGGAGCUGCGCUUUCAGCUGGAGCAGGCCAAUAAGGAUUUACCACGGUUAAGGGAUCAAAUAGUUAAUUUACAGGAAAUGUAUCAACUCCUCAAGAAGGAGAAAGCAGAUUUGGAAAGAAAGCUUGGAAAUGUUCGAGGGGCGGGGCGCAGUGGCAAAACGGUGGCUGAACUAGAAAAAACAAUAGGGUUGAUGAAGAAGGUGGUGGAGAGAGUACAACGAGAGAACGAGGAGCUGAAGAAGGCACCAGGAGUGGUUUCCUCUGAGAAAAGAACCGGUCUUGAAAUGGAAAAUGAAAAGCUUAAGGCAGAGCUCGAGAAACUGAAGUUGCAGAUUGGUGGGCAGCUGAGUUUACGCUACGAGACCAAAACUAAAGGCAUGGAGAAGAUCUUAGCUGAAAAUGAGCGAUUGCGAAAAGAGAUCAAAAGGGAAAGUGACUAUUCUGAAAAGCUGCGAAUUGCUAAGAGCAACCUGGAGAUUAUGAACGAGAAGCUAAGUGUACAGUUGGAAGAGACCAAUAAACGACUGAGCUAUGCAGAGAGUAGGGCUCCACAACUCGAGGGUGCUGACAGCAAAAGUUGGAAGUCCAUUGUCGUAACAAGAAUGUAUGAGAGUAAAAUAAAGGAGAUGGAGACAGACCUUGCAAAAAAGAAUCAAAACCUCACUGACCUUAGGCAGCUGCUGAAGGAGUCGACUGAUAAUGAGCAAAAAUUGGCAAAACAAAUAGGAGACAUGGAGGAACAGAUUGAGGUGCUUAAACACUUCCCCGAAGAAGCCAAGACUGAACCAGGCCUCACCAGACAGUUUCAGUUAUUGAGACUGACAAACGACCGUCUGGAGAAGGAGAAGGCUGAGCUUCUCCACCAGCUGGAGGUCUACAAGAAGCAAACUUGUGCAGCGGCAGAAGGCAGCAGCAGAUCUGUUUGUGAUGCCGUAUUAGAUAUUGGACAGAAAGAUGACAAACUGUUGAGAGAACAACAAGCACAACAUGAUCUGGAGAAGCAACAACUGCAGGAAGAGAUAAAAAGGUUGAAAAAGGAGCUGGAAAACUUUGAUCCCUGCUUUUUUGAGGAGCUUGAGGACUUGAAAUUCAACUACAACCAGGAAGUUAAACGGAACAUUCUUCUGGAAGAACAAUUGAAGAAAUUAUCUGAGCAGUUCGGAGUGGAGAUCCCAGGAAACGUUUCCAUUGACUGAGAAGCAUUAGAUCAGUGUUGGUGAACAGCCCACCGUUCAAAUGUUUGUGUUAAAUGCUCCAGCUGUUGAAUUUGAUGAUCGCUGGAGGGGAAAAGAAUCUCCUGACCUUCUUACCUUUGAAUACAAGGAGGUAAGGUGUGGUGUGCAGAUCAGCUUUCAGUUACCUGUGGCAGCUCCUGACACGUACUAACAACCACAAUCUAAAUCCCUUCUAAUCUGCUGGGAUCACUUCUGGAAAGCGCCAGUUGUCCUCCAGUAUCCAAGCCUUUUGGACGAAGAGUUUUAGUUUAUUCCCACCCAACAAUGUUGCCUUUUUUUUUAAUAAACAUUCACUGUUUAGCCAAUCACUUUGAUUAAGGAGCUAAUCUAAAUCAGUGUCCAAUACAGGAGGGCACUGCGGUAUGAUUAAUUGUGUUAUAACAUUUUUAAAAAUCCACUUUUCUUUCACUGCAGUGUGUCAAAGUUUGUAUUUUGUCAUUUACACUUCCAUAGAGGAUCUUUGUCUAAAAAGAGCUCGGGUGACUCUUGCUAUGGGGUCAUUUACCAGUAUUACCUCGAUGGAAAGUAGCAGAGGUCAAUGCUAAGUGGAGAAGCAUUAAACGCCCCUGUCUCCCACUUUGGGGAACUGUUAUCUGGAAUCAAUUUCUGGCAUUCAUGGGUCUGUCGCAGGGGAGUUGUACGAGUAAGUAAUACCCUGUUCAGUGUUGAUUCCCGAUAUUCUCAGUAGUAUUGGUCCAACACAUUUGAUUUACAAGCCUCAGCAGCAGCACUAGUAUAAUUGUGACUUAAGUUAAAUUCAAUGCUAUAUUACAUUUCCCAGUCUUCACAUUGAGUGAAAACUGGAAUAAGAGAACUAUGCUGGUUAAAAUGUACACUGAAGAUUAAGCUAGGUUCCAUAAUGGAGCUGGGAUUUUAUAGGACUAGACAUUGUAUUCCCCUUGGGAAAGAGUGGUAUUCUGUCACAUCUUUUACAUCCACCAGCUGUGGAAAGCCAGGUAAAACAAGAGUUCCUUACUAUUGGAGGAAGUACCAUCUAAUCAAUCAGCACAAUCCUUUGCUUCAGUUGUCAGAACUUACAUGCAUGUUAUGCCGACAACUAUGUUGGGAAAAGUUGCUGUCAAACAUGCCUAUGCAUGCACACACACAAAAAAUCUGAAGACUGAAAAUGCAUUUAAAGAUAAGUAUCUCCAUUUCCAUCUACUUAUUGAAAUUGUAUUUCUUAUUUGUAACUAUUAGCCAAGGUCAAAGACUUUGUACAAAGAUUCUAGCCACCCAUUUUUGAAAAUAUGCCAAGAAAUUAAUUGAACAUAUUUUUGUAGAAUAUUAACAUGUAUGAGAUUGUUACUGUGCAGAUUGUUCUAUAAGUGCAAGUUAAUUAUUUAUUAUAUGUUUAGAAGCAGAAGUAGUUAUAAAGGGAGCACGUGCUCUUCAUUGAACUUGGAGUUUAUGUCGCAACUCGUGGUACCUGAGAGGGGUCUGUGGUCCAUCUCCCAACAUGAGCGUCUUGCCAACUUCUGUUAUUAAAAAUUAAACAUUUGGAGGUGACAAACUCUGAUAUCCGGCUUGUUAUCUAGAGCAUUGUAGAUAAUUUUAUGUGAUUUACAUAAAAUCAAAUAGAAGUUACACUUGUGUUUAAAACCAAACUGAACAGGAAUGUCAUUUACAUACACUGCAGUAAGACCUGUUCUUCCAAACUGAGAGGUAAAGUGUGGUGUGCGUUUCAGUUACCUACGGCAGCUCCUGACAUUUACAAAUCACGAUUUAGAUCCCCACUAACUUGCUGGGAUCACUGCUUAGCCUUCAUGCCUUCUAGAGUCUCUCUAGAGUGUGAUCAUAUUACACAUACAGUCUCAACCUCCUAACUAGAGAGAGUGCAGCAUACCUGCAGGCCUUAGGAAGACUG